UUUGAUAUCUAGCUAUCAAAAAAUCCCAGAAUUUACUAAAAAAGGUUUAGUAUCAAAAGCAAGAUUCACUUACUUGAACUAGUAGCACUUUGUCACCGUGGACAGACAGACAAACUUCAUAGGGCAGCUGGUUGGAAAAGUCGAGGGAAGAACAAUUAAAAGAAAUGGAGAAAUUCCUUCAUUCUUUCUUUCAAAGAAAGAUUAUGCCUUCAGAAGCCGGAGAAGAAGACGAUGACAAGAACAAGGAAUGGAGCAAUGAAAAAGCAGAAAGCAGUUGUCUGAACAAGAUAUCAAUGGUUUGGUACAAAGCUUUUUAUAUGUUCUUCAUUGGCGCAUUCUGGAUGAAGAUUGUCUAUCUACCGCUGUACUUCAAACAGAUUGGCUUGCCGGCUCACUAUGCAGGGGUGCUGGCUGGAAUCUCCCCAUUCCUCCGCGGAGCUGGUUCGUUUUUCUUAGGUCUUUUGGCCGAGAAACCAGAAACUCGUAAAGUUGUGUUGCUUAUGAGUCUAGUUGCACAGAUUGUUACACCAUUACUUUGCUUGAUUCCUCAUCCAGCCGAUCCCAUUCCUCAGGGUCCUUAUAUGAAAAAUGGCACAUGGGUCGUUAAUAUAACGUCAAUUGCUCCCAUGGGGGACCCCCCUGCGGAAGAUUUUCUGGAUACUCUUCAAAACUGCUUCAAAGGGAAUUGUCUUGGGUACCAGCUCAUGACAGAUGAUUCGCCAGAGAUACCAAGGUUGAAUCAAAGUGAUCAUGCCAGAAACUCCACCCUUUCAAAGCCUUCCCUUCUCAACAUCAAACUUGACGUCAUAUCGACAUUUUGGAUCAUACUGGCAAUUAUUACCGUGGGGGAGUUCCUUGGUGGUCCAGCGCGCAGUCUCGCGGAUGCAGCUACGCUACAAGCUCUUGGAGAAGACAAGAAAAACUUUGGUUAUGUUCGCCUGUGGGGUAACGUGGGGCAGCUAAUGUUAACGAUUAUCAUUUACGCGUUGUUAAGAUACGAGCACGUGACUCUAAAUGGUAUCGAACAAGGGAACUAUCUAUUUGCAGUUAUUGUGAUCGUGUUUUGGAUGGCACUAGCAUUCCCUACAGCUCUGGGCUUCGCGUGUGACCAUAAGAAAGACAUGUCAGCCGACAUGGAAAGCAACGGGAAGGAAGAUUCAAAUGGCAUUAACAACCUUUCAGAUGUUUUAAUGAACUUUUCGUCUCUUUCUCUUUUGGCAAUCACUUUUUGCAUUGGUAUGCUCAAUGGUACCUUCAACACCUUCAUGUUCUGGUUCGUAAUCGAUAUUGCAGGUAGCAGGGGCAACCUUAUCAUAACCGUAGCCUUAGCUCUCAGAAUCACCUACAUAAUUCUGGCCUUCAGGGUGUCAGGGCCUAUCAUUGGCUUCCUUGGCGUGAUGAAUGUGACACAUGUGUCAUUGCUUCUGUACUCGGGUAUAUUCGUCAUGUAUGGCUUAGUGAAGAACCCUUGGUUGGCAAUCAUACCCGAAGUGUUUCAGAACAUUAUCAAAGCGCUGACUGAAGUGGCUGUGAUCUUGUUCUUUGGAGAAAUUACGCCGUUUAGGUGGGCAGCCACUGUACAAGGGAUCGUACAGUCUUUACUAGAGGGAUUUGGAUUCGGUGUUGGUCCAAUUAUUGGUGGAUUCCUCGUGAUGUCGCUAGGCAUACGAUAUACUUUCAUGUUAUUUGGCGCGUUUGCUACUGGCAUUUGUAUCUUCUCCUUGUGUACACACGGUAUCAACUGGGCUGUCAUGCGUGCUACAGAAGAUCAAGAAAAGAGAUUUUCCGCACCCAUGCCUAUCUCAAUGAAAUAAGACCUGUCCUUGCUUUAUACCAACCCACCAAAAGGGGUCUAAUUUUUUCUACAUAUUUUUAUAUGAUAUAUACACGUUGAGUGGCAAUGCAUCGCCCUACAGUUACCAAUGCUCCUAAGUGAGCAUGAAUAACAUCUUUGUGGUUGCUCCAUUUAUUUUCUCAAUUGCUGGGUUUUAUUUGACGUCAUUUCCUGUCUCGUGCGGAAUGUUCAUCGGCU